AGCAACAGGUUGUGUACUUUUGAGGUCAAGCAUUUAACCAGAGGUGAAUACAAGUAGUUCAGUCAGUAGUUUGAAUGAUUUUAUUACUAAGUUUUAUGUUCAAGGCAGUUGAUACAGCUGGGCAUAUUCUGACUUUCUAACAUGGGAAUCCAAAUUCUGAGCGGUUCAUUCUUUUCAUCUUGAAACGUAAGAUGAAAAGAAUGUAAAAAUGACAAUGUGUGUUUAAAUCACAUCUUUGAACCAAUCAUAUUUUUUUCUUAUUCUAACAAACAUCAAGUCCAAGUCCUGUUGCGCUUCUGUUUUAAAAUAUUUUUGAGUUGGUACAAGGAAGAGGGUUUACCAAGGUGGUUGCAAAAAAGUUUAGGAACCAGCUCCAUGGAGGGCCCAUCCUUAAAUUGUCCCUCAACAGUCAGACACAGAACAAAAAUUUACAGGCACACCUUGCCGUAAUUUUCCAUUAAUAUGUGAUAGUUUGCUGAACACACAAUGCCACCACCCUAUGUAAACACACACACAAACACACACACCCACACACACAAGUUCAGCAAGAAAGCCAAGCAUUCAAUAAUUCAUAAAGUGUUUGCUGUGGAUAAUGCCUUGAAAAAAACUGAGCUUUAAACGGCCACAUCGUCACGCAGACCACGAGAUAAGAGCGUACGCAGCUUAAAAGGAGCGCCGCACUCGCAGUGGGACGCUCCUUUCUGCACAGUGGUCCAGCUCGCCUCACGCAGUCAACAUGACCUUCAACGGCACCUGGAAGGUUGAUCGCAAUGAAAACUACGAGAAGUUCAUGGAAAAAAUGGGAGUAAACAUGGUGAAGAGGAAGCUGGCCUCUCAUGACAACCUGAAGAUCACCAUCGAACAGACUGGAGACAACUUUCAUGUGAAGGAGAGCAGCACUUUCCGCAACAUUGAAAUAAACUUCACCCUGGGAGUCAACUUUGAGUACAGCCUGGCAGAUGGAACUGAACUAUCGGGUGCCUGGACCAUGGAGGGCGACACGCUAAAGGGGGUUUUCACCAGGAAGGACAACGGAAAACAGCUGACAACAGUCAGAACCAUCCAAGGAGAUGAACUCGUUCAGAGCUUCAGCUACGAAGGUGUGGACGGAAAGAGGAUUUUCAAGAGGAGUUAGACCCCGACUUCUUUACUAAACAAAGUGAAUUAUGAAAUUAUGUACAGUAUUGUGUUGAACUGUCACAUACAUCAACAUCCAAAAGUGCCAGAUUUGUGAUGCAUUUUUAUACCUGCAUUAAUAAAAUUAGAACAGCCGGU